GCAGAUUUAUUUCUGGGAUAGAUAACAUGUCGUUAACAAGAAGUUUUCAUGUUCAAGGAGUCAUUCUUGAAGCCUGGUGCAUGCUUUUGCUACUCUCAUGUUUAGCCAAGGCUGAUCAAUAUGAUAAUACUUUUGAUCCCCUCACUCGCCGUACUAUGAUCGAAACUGACGCAGCUCACCCUGCUGCUCCUGGCGGCGACGACAAGUCCUGCCCCAACUACAAGGCUUUUGAUGUAUCAAAAUGUCCCGGCGCCAAGGGAGAUGGAGUGUCCGAUUCUACUACGGCUUUUAUAAAAACAUGGCAAGAUGUUUGUAAUUGCCCUACACCAGCAAAACUUCUGAUACCCAAGGGGACGUGGCUAACCGCAGAGCUUGAUUUCCGCGGCCCAUGUGCUUCUCAGCAAAUUCUUAUGGAACUUCAGGGGACUCUGUUGGCAAAGCCAGAUAAGGAAGCAUUUCCGAAAGGAUUUUGGAUCAAUAUCAUGGGCGUCCAUGGUUUCACACUUAAUGGUGGAGGCACCCUUAACGCGCAAGGGGAGAAAGUAUGGGCCACCAGACCUCUUGGCGAAAAGGGCUCGCCUCUUCCCGACUCUCUUGUACUUGCCCAAUCCAACAACUCUAGAAUUGAGAACGUAAACCUGUUGAAUGGGAAGGGAUUCAAUAUGAAGGUAUAUGAGAAUGAGAAUGUCACGAUCACCAACGUGCACGUAACAUCACCUGGAGAUAGUCCCAACACAGAUGGAGUCCAUAUUGGUCGCAUCAAAAACGUACAAAUAACCGACUCUGUCAUUGGAGUCGGCGAUGAUUGUGUUUCUAUAGGCGAUGGCAGCAUUGAUGUCACUGUCAGAAACAUCAUGUGCGGCCCUGGACAUGGAAUCAGUGUUGGGAGUCUUGGAAGGUUCCCAUACGAGACAGAUGUGCGCAACGUUUGGGUGGAAAAUUGUACAUUUACCCAAACUCUAAACGGUGCAAGGAUCAAGACAUUCCACGACUCACCACAGAUAGCGGCGACCAACAUUACAUUUACUAAUUUAGUCAUGAAUGAUGUGUAUAGUCCCGUCAUAAUUGAUCAGAACUACGCCUGCACUAAACCAGUGCCCUCAAAAGUGCAGCUAAGCCAAAUUUACUUCAAGAACAUAAGGGGAACCACAUGGUCCAAUAUUGCCAUUAGCCUGAAUUGCAGUAGUUCUCAUCCGUGCCAAGGUGUUGAACUAAUGGAUAUUGAUCUUAAAUAUACCGGCAAUAACACAGUGGAUCGGAUUACUCACUCUGAAUGCGCGAAUGCUCACGCUAAAUUUGGCGGUGUCAUGAAUCCGCCAGCCUGCAAAAUCUAAGAUCUUGUGAAAACCCAACCAAAUAAUGUUGAUCAGGGUUGUAGCAUAGAGACCAGAAUGAACCUCGAGAAAUUUUGUGCGGAAGCGGAUCAAAUUUAAUACUCCCUCCGUCCCUAUUUAUCUGUCCACUUUGGAAGUAAAAAUUUGUCCCUAUUUAUCUGUCCAUUUAUACUUUCAAAACUAAUUUAAUGAUAGUUUUUCAAAUAUAUCUUCAUAAUUUCAAUUUUCAAGGCUUGACUUAUUUAAAACUUGGUUGAAUUCAUGUUUUCAAGACAUAAAGUAGGGGUAUUCCACCAUUUUCAAGAUAUUAAUAAGAGGUAUUUAAUGAAAAAGUUUAUACAAUCAAUUAUUCCUUGGUAUGUGUUUUUUUUUCCAAAAUGGACAGAUAAAUAGGGACGGAGGGAGUAACAAACCCAACAAGAGUGAGAAAUUUGUAUCAGAGUGGCAACUUUAAGUAACUGCCUGUACGGCGAACUUGAAUUUUUAAUGUCAAACGUUAUUAUCCUUGUUGCAAAUUUUGAGUUCUUGAAAAUUU